AAUGAUGAACAUGAGGUCAGACAGAUUGAAACAGCAUCCAGGAAACCAGCCAGACCAGAAACAACCAUCAGACAAGAAGACAUCUUUAAAGCCUCACCUGGAAGAGAUGAACCAAUCAGAACAGUGAUGACAAAGGGAGUAGCUGGCAUUGGGAAAACAGUCUUAACACAGAAGUUCACUCUGGACUGGGCUGAAGACAAAGCCAACCAGGACAUACAGUUCACAUUUCCAUUCACUUUCAGAGAGCUGAAUGUGCUGAAAGAGAAAAAGUACAGCUUGGUGGAACUUGUUCAUCACUUCUUUCCUGAAACCAAAGAAGCAGGAAUCUGCAGCUUUGAAGAGUUCCAGGUUGUGUUCAUCUUUGACGGUCUGGAUGAGUGUCGACUUCCUCUGGACUUCCACAACAAUGAGGUCCUGACUGAUGUUACAGAGUCCACCUCAGUGGAUGUGCUGCUGACAAACCUCAUCAGGGGGAAACUGCUUCUCUCUGCUCGCCUCUGGAUAACCACACGACCUGCAGCAGCCAAUCAGAUCCCUCCUGAGUGUGUUGACAUGGUGACAGAGGUCAGAGGGUUCACUGACCCACAGAAGGAGGAGUACUUCAGGAAGAGGUUCAGAGAUGAGGAGCAGGCCAGCAGAAUCAUCUCCCACAUCAAGACAUCACGAAGCCUCCACAUCAUGUGCCACAUCCCAGUCUUCUGCUGGAUCACUGCUACAGUUCUGGAGGAGGUGUUGAAGACCAGAGAGGGAGGAGAGCUGCCCAAGACCCUGACUGAGAUGUACAUCCACUUCCUGGUGGUUCAGUCCAAACUGAAGAACGUCAAGUAUGAUGGAGGAGCUGAGACAGAUCCACACUGGAGUCCAGAGAGCAGGAAGAUGAUUGAGUCUCUGGGAAAACUGGCUUUUGAGCAGCUGCAGAAAGGAAACCUGAUCUUCUAUGAAUCCGACCUGACAGAGUGUGGCAUCGAUAUCAGAGCAGCCUCAGUGUACUCAGGAGUGUUCACACAGAUCUUUAAAGAGGAGAGAGGGCUGUACCAGGACAAGGUGUUCUGCUUCGUCCAUCUGAGCGUUCAGGAGUUUCUGGCUGCUCUUCAUGUCCAUCUGACCUUCAUCAACUCUGGUGUCAAUCUGCUGGCAGAAGAACAAUCAACCUCCCGGCUGUCUAAAGUCUUCAGAGACAAACUUAAACUAACACAUCUCUACCAGAGUGCUGUGGACAAGGCCUUACAGAGUCCAAAUGGACACCUGGACUUGUUCCUCCGCUUCCUCCUGGGUCUCUCACUGCAGACCAAUCAGACUCUCCUACGAGGUCUGCUGACACAGACAGGAAGUAGCUCACAGACCAAUCAGAAAACAGUUGAGUACAUCAAGAAGAAGAUCAGUGAGAAUCUGUCUCCAGAGAGAAGCAUCAAUCUGUUCCACUGUCUGAAUGAACUGAAUGAUCGUUCUCUAGUGGAGGAGAUCCAACAGUACCUGAGUUCAGGAAGUCUCUCCACAGAUAAACUCUCUCCUGCUCAGUGGUCAGCUCUGGUCUUCAUCUUACUGUCAUCAGAAAAAGAUCUGGACGUGUUUGACCUGAAGAAAUACUCUGCUUCAGAGGAGGCUCUUCUGAGGCUGCUGCCAGUGGUCAAAGCCUCCAACAAAGCUCUGUUGAGUGGCUGUAACCUCUCAGAGAGAAGCUGUGAAGCUCUGUCCUCAGUUCUCAGCUCCCAGUCCUCUAGUCUGAGAGAGCUGGACCUGAGUAACAACAACCUGCAGGAUUCAGGAGUGAAGCUGCUGUCUGCUGGACUCCAGAGUCCACACUGUACACUGGAAACUCUCAGGCUGUCAGGCUGUCUGAUCACAGAGGAAGGCUGUGCUUCUCUGGCCUCAGCUCUGAGCUCCAACCCCUCCCAUCUGAGAGAGCUGGACCUGAGCUACAAUCAUCCAGGAGAGUCAGGGGUGAAGCUGCUGUCUGCUGGAUUGGAGGAGCCACACUGGAGACUGGACACUCUCAGGUUUGGACAGACAGCAAGAGCUCACACACUGCAGGUGUUAUUUUCUAUCAGUCUACUGGAGUCCAUCAUCAUGAAGGACUUCUUAUUCCUCCUCAUUCUGUUCAGAGCA